AGCCGCGUGCUACGGAGGCCGAUGUCUACGUCGUAGCUAUCCCUGGCUACGCAAUACGUAAAGUGCUACACGAUGCAUUUUCUCAUAUUAUUGGCAUUUUUUGCCUCGGCCCAAGCACGUGCGGUGAACAUCAGCAACACUUGGGUUCUUCCUGAGGAAGGUUUCCCGGUUUUCUACCGCUACUUCAGAGACCGCAUCUCUUGGUACGAAGCGGACGCAGUUUGUCAAUUCCAUCAUGCGAAUCUGGUAACAGUUGAUACGACGGCACAAUACGAUGCCGUGCGCGCCUACCUUAAAGAAUUGGACAUAUCUAGCGGGGUGUGGGUUGGAUUGAUUAGAAGCAAUCCAGAAGGCGAUUUUACUUGGACCGAUUACCGUGGCUUAAGUGGCGAUGGCUACUGGAGCUCGGCGCCGGACCCGCGCACGGCUCCCCUGUGCGCCGCCGCCGACCCUACUGAAGACUACCGCUGGGAGGCACGAGCAUGCGGUGGACCUACAGUCGCUUCUUUCAUCUGCGAACUACCAGUUCCGCAAUGGGCACUUGGGAAAGAAGGCUGCAUGGUGCGAGCGCUACCCGCCUUGACUAUUCUGUAUUUACCGGAAAGUGCAGCAGUACAGUUGACUGCUGAUUGUGGCCUCGCUGGCGUCAAACGUGUGCAAUGCACGGGAAAUGUGAAGCGUGAAGAUCUUCUACGCGACCUUUCAUGUGCUGAAGAAGUAGAAUCCACUUCUUUGAAUAAUUUAACUUUAAAUAUCACAAUCACUGAGACCACGACAUCUACAGAAAACCAAGAACUAUCAAGUAUCAGUGUCACUGAAGAAAAUAUGUCAAUUGAACAUGACAACGGGCAUGGCAAUUUACCUUCGAGUGUAAUGUCUACACCCAUUCCUUUCAACGAAAAUGUAAGACAAUCUACCAUAUCAGAAUUGCCAUCGACUUCGCAGCCUAUUCAUUACGAAAUGAACAAAGUUAUUUUAGAGAAAAAUAUUAACUUAAAUGAUAUGCAGAAUAACCUUCAAAGCAAUGAUAUACCAAAUUUAGUCAAUAAUGACAAUUUUCUUACAAAUUAUCGAAUACAAAAAUUGGAAGAUGAAGAAAAUAUGCAGCAUAAAAAAUUACACGACGAGCUAGCCAGACUUGGCAAUUUUGAAACGAUAUUUACUCAACCAACCGAUCACUUUGUACCUCCACUUGUUAUGGCAAAAGCUAGGAUUAGUGACGAUAUGAAUGUUCUAUCUUUAAAAGAAAAACAUGCGCAACACUUUGGAAUGAAGGAUAUGAUAGAGAAAGAGAAUGAGGAAAGUAAAGUAAAUUUGGAAGGGGGAUCUGAGAUUUCAACUGAACCUCCGCAUAUAACAGAAAGUACGGUAGUAUUGAUCACGGAAGGAGUAACAAAAUUAAAAGAUAAUGUAAAGAAAAAUAUAUCACUAUUAAAAAAAUACAAAGACCUUAAUACCAAAAUUCCCCAGAUUUCUAAAAGUAAAACAAAAAAGGUAAACAAAGAGACUAUCACAGAAAUCACGAACGAGAGUAAACCAACUUUUGUUAAAACACCUUUGGAAAUUGCACCAACAUCCACAUUGGGAACUACAGUCGUAACUGCGAUUUAUGAAAGUCAAAAUGACUCGAACAUUGAUUUGACUGUUAUUUUACGAGAAACAGACGACGAAAGACAUUUUAGUCAAGAUUUAACUAAUGGCACUGAUGACGGAAUCGUUAAGAACACGACAAGAAAUCUAACACAGUUUGUUCACUCUACCACAGAAAUUAUAGAUUCUUUCAACGGAACACAAUUAAAUGUACAAGAAACACAGGAAAAAUUAAACAAAAGUGGCAAAACCUUGGAACAAAUAAGCACUAACAGUAGCAAUGGAAAUGACAUCAACAUUUCGGAAACACCACAAACUCUGGAUUUUACAACUAAAUUGCCCAUUUUUAAAGACGAAAUAAUUAAUAUGCCGACUACAAAUUUCAAUAUAAGUAUUCAUGAUGAUACCAACAAAACUGUUUUCACUACUACUGAAGUUAUUGCUACAAUCAUAGAUGAUAUACAAAUAUCUGGUUCUAAUUCUUCAAUCGAUUUGCCUUCUAACACAGUAGACAGAGCAAAUUAUACUGAAAUAACUGAAAGUUCUCAAAUUACUACUAAACCGGAAUCACCGAUUAUAAAUUCCGCAAAUCAAACUUAUACUCCAGAUCAUGAAACUACUCUGUAUCCAGUUUUCAGUGAUGCUUUUAACUACACUGAAACGGUAGAAGAGAUAGACGAAAGGGCUGGUGAUCUCGAAACUAUUGACGAUUUCCAAUCACCUUUACUAUCCGGUGCUAACGAACCUUUGCAGAGGCCUAACAGGUCAAGAAGACCUAAGCAACCAAAUAGAGUAAAUAAAUUCAAUCCUUUUCGUAUUUUAGGUUAAGCCAUUCAAAGAAACGUAAACUGCCAAUUCUGUACUAACGACUGAACAACCAUUGCACUCUAAUGUAAUUGCAUCACAUUUAUCUACAAUUACACGUAGAAGCACUAAUCUUAAUGAUUAACUUUUUUCCAAGUCAUAAUAUUAAUAUUCCAUACUGUUUUGUGUGUUUGUCUCGUUUGAAUUUGAAUGAGAAAAAACGUCAAUUUAUGGUAACGAUUUAAAAAAAUAUUGGAAGCUAGUUUUGAAUUAAGAAUUGGAUUGUAACGAGUUAAUAAUAAGUAUCGCAAUCAAUAAGAGAAUGUUCUCACAUUAUUAGUAAUAGUUAUGUUCAUGAACCAUAUCAUAUUAGGAUAAGUAAUUUAAUUAUAAUUAAGACAUUUUUUAAAUAUGACGACGCACAGUGAGUUUGAUAAAAUAAACAUUAGAGCACAAAAUCACGAAAAACA